AUGCCUGAGGAAGUCCAAACUAAGGUGUUUGAACUCGCUCAUGAAACUUUAAUGGCCUAUAAGAUAGAAAAAGACAUAGCAACUUAUAUUAAGAAAGAAAUGGAUGCUUUAUAUGGGGCAACGUGGCAUGUUAUAGUAGGCAAAAGCUUCGGUAGCUAUGUUACACAUGAACAAGGUUCAUUUAUAUAUUUUUAUGUUGGUCCAUUAGCAUUUUUGAUCUUCAAGAGUGGAUAA